AUGGAGGAUGCUGACGCUGGUCAUCGUCUGGUCGGACAAUAUACUGCUACCAAGGAUCAGGUUGAUGAAAUGGCACAUGGAAAUGGUGUUGAAGAGGAGGACAUCCUUCUUGGACGCGAGAAAGCGGCCAGGAUUGCGGACCGAGAGACAGAUUACCAGAAACGCCGGUUCAACCGCGGACCUUUGACGCCUACGAGAGCCGAUCCCUUCGCCGCCAACACUCAUGCGAAUGUCGAGGGAGAGGGUCAGACUUAUCGUGAAGUCAUGGCUCUGCGUGAGCUUGAAAAAGAAGAAGAGCGUAUCCAGAAGCUGAUCGCAGAGAAGCAGGCCAAUGGCGAAAACGGCGUCACAGAGCACGAGGCCACCCUGACACUUGAGGAUAAAGAAAAUGCCGAGAAGGGUUCCACGGUCUCUGUUGCGUCUGGUCGUAAGCGCAAGCAGCGAUGGGAUGUCACCUCGGAGCCUACCGAAGCCGAGCCUACGGCACCCCAACUCGGAGAAGCCAAGCCAAAAAGAUCACGCUGGGAUCAAACGCCUGCCCCUGCUCCUCCAGGCGAGGAAGCGACUAAGCGUCGGUCGAGAUGGGAUCAGGCCCCCGCACUUGGGGCAGCGACUCCCGUUGGCAACCAGGGUCUUGCAACCCCAAUGCAUCCUUCCCAAGUAGGUGCGCCUAUGAUGCCAACUAGCUUUGGAACUGAUAUCUCUGGUCGCAAUGCUCCCUUGUCGGACGAGGAGCUUGACUUGAUGCUCCCAUCUGAGGGCUAUCAAAUUCUCGAGCCUCCGCCGGGAUAUGCCCCCAUUCGAACCCCUGCUCGCAAACUCAUGGCUACUCCGGCUCCUGUUCCUGCCGCGGGCGGAGGGUUUAUGAUGCAAGAGCCCGAGAGUGUUCGUUCCCUUGGGAAGCAGUUGCCAACUGACAUCCCUGGUGUUGGUGAUCUCCAGUUCUUCAAGCCAGAGGAUAUGGCGUACUUUGGCAAGCUGAUGGAAGGAGGCGAAGAGAACACUAUGUCAGUGGAGGAAAUGAAAGAAAGGAAGAUCAUGAGGCUGCUCUUGAAGGUCAAGAACGGCACGCCGCCCAUGAGAAAGACCGCAUUGCGUCAAUUGACGGACAAUGCGCGGCAAUUUGGUGCUGGUGCCCUGUUCAACCAAAUCCUGCCAUUGCUCAUGGAGAAAUCGCUGGAGGAUCAGGAGCGCCAUUUAUUGGUCAAGGUCAUUGACCGUGUGCUUUACAAGCUCGAUGAUCUCGUUCGCCCCUACGUUCACAAAAUUCUCGUCGUCAUUGAACCUUUGCUUAUUGACCAAGACUACUAUGCUCGUGUGGAAGGUCGGGAAAUCAUUUCCAACCUGGCCAAGGCAGCUGGCCUUGCUACCAUGAUCAGUACGAUGCGUCCUGAUAUAGACCACGUCGAUGAGUAUGUCCGAAACACGACAGCUCGAGCCUUCGCGGUCGUCGCCUCCGCUCUUGGUAUUCCGGCUCUACUCCCAUUCCUUCGUGCGGUGUGCCGCAGUAAGAAGUCCUGGCAGGCCAGACACACUGGAGUUAAGAUUGUCCAGCAGAUUCCUAUUCUCAUGGGUUGCGCUAUCUUACCUCACCUUAAGGGUUUGGUGGACUGCAUUGCCGACAAUCUGAGUGAUGAGCAGGCCAAGGUCCGGACUGUUACUGCGUUGGCUGUGGCCGCGUUGGCCGAAGCUGCGAACCCGUACGGUAUCGAGAGUUUCGAUGAAAUCCUCAACCCUCUUUGGACGGGAGCACGAAAGCAACGCGGCAAGGGUCUUGCCGCAUUCCUCAAGGCUGUCGGAUACAUCAUUCCUCUGAUGGAUGAAGAAUACGCCAACUACUAUACCAGCCAGAUUAUGGAGAUCCUGCUUCGAGAGUUUUCGUCGCCAGAUGAAGAAAUGAAGAAGGUCGUCCUGAAGGUGGUAUCACAGUGCGCAAGCACUGACGGUGUGACAGCCGGCUACCUGAAGGAGCACGUCUUGACCGACUUCUUUAAGAGCUUCUGGGUGAGGAGAAUGGCGCUGGACCGGAGGAACUACCGCCAGGUGGUUGACACCACCGUCGACCUGGGACAAAAGGUCGGCGUUGGAGAGAUCCUGGAGCGGAUUGUUAACAACCUGAAGGAUGAGAGCGAGCCGUACCGCAAGAUGACUGUGGAAACCACUGAGAAGCUGGUUGCGUCUCUCGGUGCGGCAGAUAUUUCGGAGCGAUUGGAGGAACGGUUGAUCGAUGGUGUUCUUUAUGCCUUCCAGGAACAGAGUAUUGAGGACAUUGUGAUUCUCAACGGAUUUGGAACGGUUGUGAACGCCCUCGGCACCCGGUGCAAGCCGUAUCUCCCACAGAUUGUCAGUACCAUUCUGUGGCGACUGAACAACAAGUCUGCUACUGUUCGUCAACAAGCGGCAGACCUCAUCUCGCGAAUUGCGAUGGUCAUGCGGCAAUGUGGGGAGGAUCAGCUUAUGGGUAAACUGGGUGUUGUGCUUUACGAAUACCUCGGUGAAGAAUACCCCGAGGUUCUAGGUUCUAUCCUAGGUGCCCUUCGAUCAAUUGUCACUGUCGUCGGUAUCAACCAGAUGCAACCACCGAUUCGUGACCUACUACCUCGUCUGACUCCUAUUCUUCGUAAUCGACAUGAGAAGGUGCAAGAGAACACAAUUGACCUGGUCGGACGUAUUGCUGAUCGUGGCCCCGAAGCCGUCAACGCUCGUGAAUGGAUGCGUAUCUGUUUCGAACUGCUGGACAUGUUGAAGGCGCACAAGAAGGGUAUCCGUCGGGCAGCCAACAACACAUUCGGUUUCAUCGCCAAGGCUAUCGGUCCUCAGGAUGUCCUUGCCACUUUGCUCAACAACCUGCGUGUGCAAGAACGUCAAUCGCGUGUGUGUACCGCCGUCGCCAUCGGUAUCGUUGCGGAAACCUGUGCUCCCUUCACCGUCCUCCCAGCCCUCAUGAACGAAUACCGCGUCCCCGAACUCAACGUCCAAAACGGUGUCCUGAAAGCCAUGUCCUUCCUCUUCGAAUACAUCGGCGAAAUGGCCAAAGACUACGUCUACGCCGUCACCCCCCUCCUCGAAGACGCCCUCAUCGACCGUGACCAAGUCCACCGCCAAACCGCCGCCAGCGUCGUCAAGCACAUCGCCCUGGGUGUUGUUGGACUCGGCUGCGAAGACGCAAUGGUCCAUCUUCUCAACCUUGUCUUCCCUAACAUUUUCGAAACCAGUCCCCACGUCAUUGACCGGGUUAUCGAAGCCAUCGACGCUAUCCGCAUGGCUGUUGGUACCGGUAUUGUGAUGAACUACGUGUGGGCUGGACUGUUCCAUCCUGCACGGAAGGUGCGGACGCCGUACUGGAGACUGUACAAUGAUGCUUAUGUGCAGAGUGCGGACUCGAUGGUGCCGUAUUAUCCUACUUUGGACGAUGAUGGGUUGGACAGGGCGGAGUUGAUGAUUAUUGUUUAA